AGUGGGCGAACUACCAACUACAAGAAACGUCAGCUUCGUUGUCAACUUCACUUUUCGCAGUAGUUAGCACCCUAUUUGAGCUUUUAUAAAUGUUUAGCACAUAGAGGACAGCGCAGACGCAUUAUCAUUCUUACCAAAUCAAAAGCAAGAUGUCAGGGAGAAGUCAGAGCGACGAAUCUGUAGUUAUACGAAGUCUCAGACAUUUCCGAGAGAAGUACUUCAAUGCAAGGAAAAACGUCAGUGAUCAGGUGCAUGCAGCAGAAGUCCCCAGUGAAGAUGCACCGCCGGGCUUUUUGGACUGUUUACCCGUAAGAGACAGGCCUUUAUAAACGCCAGUUGGCUACUUCACAAGAUUAGAUUUUUUGUUGUUGUGGGGAUCAAAUGAGAAAUGCCAUAACAUGCUGUGAGUAUAAGGUGGACCUACAGUUCCUGAUCAUGACCCUGCUGUCUCCUGUGGACCUCUGUCGUCUGGGGGCCACUAGUAGCUACUGGAGGGCUAUGGUCAGAGACCCCUUACUAUGGAGAUACUUUCUGGUCAGGGACAUGCCUAAAUGGCCCUCCAUCAACCAUGUGACCAUGCCCCGGUUAGAGGCCUUACACACCCCUCUGUGUGUGGGGGAGAAGGAGAUGGAGGAGCCAGGUCAUGACUUCAUGACAGAUUAUCUAAAGGGCUACCCAGCCUGCAGACAGCAAUGGUUUCCCCAGAGGCCGCCAUACAGCGUUGUGACUUCCUUCCUCCAGUCGCUGGUGCCCACCGCCACUGAGCCGCGCUACGCCAUGUUUGGCCCCGGCAUGGAACAGCUGGAUGUCUCCAUGGUGACCAAGCUCAUGCACACCCCAGAUGUGCUCCCUGUAGCAGGGAUACCCCAGAGACAGAUCAAUGGUAUUGGAUCUGGGAUUAGUUACGUGUACAAAAACCAGCACAAAUUCAACAUUCUGACUCUCUACUCAACCAACAGGGCAGAGAGGGAGAGAGCCCGCAUGGAACAGCAGAGUGUCAGCAACAAACUCUUCAUCCAGGAGGGAAGGGACCAAUCAGGACACCCACAUUUUAGCCCCACCCCUCAGGUCCAGGAAGUGUGUCAGGCGGUGGAUGGGUUCAUCUAUGUGGCCAAUGCAGAGCCAGGAAGAGGUGAUGAUGGGGAGGUGGAGUGGGCUCAGAUCCAGGCGUUGGUGGACCCUGCCUUAGGCUCAUCCUCCAGACCCCUCCUGGUCCUGUCCUGUGUGUCCAGAGAGGAACCAGACCAGAUCAGAACCACCAGCUCCAAUAGUACCAGAACCCCCUGUGUGGAUAUGGCUCAGAGACUCUGCCUGCCCAUGCUGCCCAACCCCUGGAUGGUUCAGGACACAGUAGCAGAGUCUCUGUCUGGUGUCUUAGAUGGGAUCUCCUGGCUGCUGGGGUGUUCUGGUCUCAGGCUGUAACUACCUGUCCAAGGAAAAACCUUCAGGACCGAAACAACACACUAAAGAACUGGCACAAAUGAUUCUGAAGGAAUGUUUUCCCUCUGAUGUGCCUUGUUUCAAUGAAUCACAUAAAAAAAGUUAUUAUUGGGUAAAUACAGUGUAUUGUUUUUUGCCAAUAGUGGGUUGUACACAAAUAAAACAUACGUUUUAACUGUAGCUAUGGUACUGUAAUUAAUAUUACAAAGAUUAAUGAAUGGUUUUGAUAUUACUACUACUGUGUACUUUAGAAUCAUAUUGAAUUAUAUUUUUUGGUACCUUUUAUUCAGGGAAAUCAUGCAGUUAUUCAUCUGUUUCUUUCAUAUAAUUUAUGCAAUUUUAUACUACGAAAUGUGCAUUGUUUUAUUUUCUUUAAUUAUUCAUGUGGUUAUUUACCCCUCUAUAAGUUGUUAUAAAGGAACUGAAAAUACAUGCAUGAGUAUGUACCUCA